UGGUGUUGUGGCCAGCGCAUCAGUCGCUCUCGGAGCGUUGUCGUGAACGGUUAGCUAGCGCGGCAAAGCAAAGUCAGUGAAGAAAGCAUUUGACUGUUUGAUAGUAAAGUAACGUGUGGCGGCCAAGCGACAUUGUCGCCAGUGUUGGGAGGCACAGUUCGAAGCCCCAAGAAACCACAAGUGUUGAAGAAUAUAUUAAAAGUUAUAUAGAGAAAGAGAGUGAGAAAGAGAGAGAGAGAGAGAGAGAGAGCGAGUGGCAGUGGCAGUGGCUAAAAAUUAAAAUACACUGUAAACUGCGCUAACUGAAACAGAAAGAAUUAACUGUAAGGGGCAGUUGGCCAAAGUGAACGCCACAAUGAAUCCGAGGCCCGUGGGCAUUGGAUUCGGAUGCGGCCACAAGCCACCUAAUAAUGCUAAAAAGCGUUUACGUGGCUACGCAACAACAGCAGCAGCAGCAGCAGCAGCAUCCCCAACAACAACAACAACAACAUUAUUACCACCGACAACAGCUUCAACCAGAAAAACAACUACAACGUUAAUUGUUAAGAGCUCAACAAGAAAGCAGCAGCAACAACAACAACAAAUAAUUCAUCGGAGCAUGCUACGCCCACAAAUGGGCCCAAUUGCCGUCCUACUUCUGGCCAUUGUGGCCCUAAACAAUUUGGAUUACUUCAUGGCACCAGCCCAGGCGUCACUAAUCGGCGAAUCACGUGUACGACAUAAUCCAUCAGUUGUGCCUCGCCCGGGCGAUGGCGGCGCUGCUGCCACAUCGCUGGCCGCCUCCAGUGCGCCAUGCCCACAGGACAUGUUUCGUUGCAACAAUGGCGCCUGCAUUACUUCGCAUUGGGUCUGCAAUUAUCAAAAGGAUUGUCCCGAUGGCGAAGACGAAAUGCAAUCCUGUCCUCCGCCGGAGUGCGAGACACCUCAGCUGAACUGCGGCCAGUAUGUUUUCAACAAAACUUAUUGCAUACCGCCGCACUAUCGCUGCGACAUGAUCGAGGACUGCGAGGACAAGUCGGACGAGGCGCAGUGCACCUAUCGCAAAUGCCAGCAUACGGACGUGUUCUGCAAUACGCCGGGCGGAGCAGCGCCAGCGGAUGGCAGCCGCUUGAGCGGACCCUGCGUGCCAAAGGAGAAACGCUGCGAUGGCUAUCUGGACUGCCGUACGGGACGUGAUGAGCAGGGCUGCAGUGGCGUCGCUUGUCGCCUGGAUCAAUUCCGUUGCGCCAACGGGCAGAAGUGCAUCGAUGCGGCUCUGAAGUGUAAUCAUCGCAACGACUGUGGCGACAACUCCGACGAACAGGGCUGCAACUUUCCGCCGUGUCAUCAUGCGCAGUUCCGUUGCGCGAACGCUUUGUGCAUACCGUACAACUUCCACUGCGAUGGCUAUCACGACUGUGCUGAUGAGAGCGAUGAGGCCAACUGCACGGCAAUUGCCUGUCCGGACAACAAGUUCCUCUGCCCGCGCGGCGGCGUCAACGGUGCGCCCAAGUGCAUACUAAAGUCGCAGCUCUGUGACGGGAAACGCGACUGCGAUGACGGCAGCGAUGAGGAGACUGCCUGCUCCAUUGGCUCGUGUCCUGCGCUGAGCUGCGAGUUCAAGUGCGGACCCUCGCUCACCGGGGGCGUCUGCUACUGCCGCACGGGUCAGAGUUUGGCGCCCGACAAUCGCACCUGCGUGGACCUGGACGAGUGUGCCGAGUGGGGACACUGCGACCAACUAUGCACCAACACCCCAGGCAGCUAUAGCUGUCAAUGCGCCCCAGGCUAUACGCUAAUCAAUGAAUCCAAGUGCAUUGCACCCGAUGCCAACAAUCUGCAGCUGAUAUUCACCCACGAUCGCGCCAUCAUGCGCAUGUUUGCCCACGAUAGCGAGCCCAAGAUUUUGGCCAAUGCCACUGCCGCUGCCGGCGUCGCUUUCCAUUAUGCAAGGAACACGCUCUACUGGUCGGACAUCAAGACGCGCAAGGUGCAGUCGUUGCGCUUGGACGCGCUCAAUAGCGCAGUAGCUCCAUUGGAUCAGACCCUACCCGGCACCUGGGCUCCAGUGGCUUUGGCUGUUGAUUGGGUGGGCGAUAAGAUAUACGUAGCGGACCUGGUUGGCCAGAAGAUUGAUGUCUUUGAGUUGAGCGGCCACUGGCACGCCGUUGUGCUCGGUUCGAAUCUCACCAGUCCCGCUGAUUUGGCGCUGGAUCCUACGGCUGGACUUAUGUUUGUGGCUGAUGGAGGGCAAGUGCUGCGCGCUCAUAUGGAUGGCACCCAUGCGCGCUCAAUUGUCUCGGAGGCGGCCUACAAGGCCAGCGGCGUGACUGUAGACAUCAUCAGCAAGCGCGUCUUCUGGUGCGACUCGCUGCUGGACUACAUUGAAUCCGUGGACUAUGAGGGCGGCCAGCGUGUCAUGGUGCUGCGUGGCCAGCAGGUGCCCAGUCCGUCGCGUCUGGCGCUGUUCGAGAACCGCAUCUACUGGACGGACGCCACCAAGCAGGGCAUUAUGUCCGUCGACAAGUUCGAGGGCCCCAGCUCCAUACAGGUGACCUACAAGGCCAAGGACAUACGCGAUCCCAAGGGCAUCAUAGCCGUGCAUUCGCUCAGUCAGCCGCAUGUCUCCAAUCCCUGUGGCAGCAACAACGGUGGCUGCAAUCACAUGUGCAUCGUUACAGCCGUCAAGGGUGCGCCCACUGGCCUCGGCUUCCGCUGCGCCUGCCACACCGGCUAUCAGCUGCAGACGGAUCUCAAGAACUGCAAGCUGGUGCGCGAGUUUCUCAUGUACUCGCAGCAGCGCUUCAUCAAGGGCAAGGUGCUCGAGCCGCUCAUCGAGGGCUUCAGUGAUGCCAUUUUGCCCGUCGUGUCGCGUCGUGCCCGCUUCGUUGGCCUAGACUUUGAUGCGCGCGAUGAGUUUAUCUACUACUCGGACGUGCUCCAGGAUGUGAUCUAUCGCGUGCAUCGCAACGGCACUGGACGCGAGAUUGUGCUCGCCUCGCAAAACGAAGGCGUCGAGGGUCUCGCUGUGGACUGGGCCUCCAAGAAUCUCUACUACAUUGACUCACGCAAGGGCACGCUUAAUGUGCUUUCCACACGCAAUGUCACCCAUCGUCGUACGCUGCUCAAGAAUCUCAAGCGUCCACGUGCUAUUGUUGUGCAUCCGAAUCGUGGCUACAUCUUCUUCUCCGAAUGGGAUCGUCCGGCCAAUAUUACGCGCGCCAACACCGAUGGCAGCGGUCUGCUGGUCUUCAAGAAUGUUACCCUAGGCUGGCCCAAUGGUCUUUCCAUUGACUUCAAAGAGGAUCGCGUCUACUGGUGCGAUGCUCUGCUAGAUCAUGUGCAGCAUGCCAAUCUCGAUGGCACGGACAUCAAGACAGUCAACUCUCGGCUUGUGCGUCAUCCCUUCUCCAUUGUCAUACACAACGACUGGAUGUACAUCACCGACUGGCGCUUGGACGCCAUCAUACGCCUGCAUAAGCGCACCGGCGAGCAGGAGGAGAUGAUGGUGCGUGAACCCCAAACAAAUCGACUCUAUGGCGUCAAGGUGUACAGUCGCGAGGUCCAGCGCAUUGCGGAGACCCAGCCCUGUCAUCUGAACAACGGCGGCUGUCAGAAGAUCUGCUUUGCCAUACCCAUCGUAUCCACCACGAAUGCCACCAACAGCGAUGGGCGACUGCAGUCACGCUGCUCCUGUCCCUAUGGAGAACGCCUGGCUGACGACCAAGUGAGCUGUGUACCCGAUCCGAGCGCCGAACCCCCCGUCCAGCCCUGCCCCAAUCUAUGGGACUUUACCUGCAACAAUCAACGCUGCAUACCCAAGUCCUGGGUCUGCGAUGGCGACGACGACUGUCUCGACAACAGCGAUGAGGAGCAGAAUUGCACAAAACCCACCUGCGGAUCGAAUGAGUUCCAAUGCAAGUCUGGACGUUGCAUACCUUUGAAUUUCCGUUGUGACCAAGAAAACGACUGCGGCGACAACUCGGACGAGCUGGAGUGCGGUAAUGUAACUUGCGCCACCUCUCAAUUCGCCUGCGCUAACGGACGCUGCAUACCGAACAUGUGGAAGUGCGACAGUGAAAACGAUUGCGGCGACGGCAGUGAUGAGGGAGAUUUCUGCGCUGAGAAGACCUGCGCCUACUUCCAGUUCACCUGCCCACGUACCGGACACUGUAUUCCUCAGAGCUGGGUCUGCGAUGGCGACGACGAUUGCUUCGACAAGCAGGACGAGAAGGACUGUCCGCCGAUUAGUUGUCUGGCGAACCAAUUCAAGUGUGCGGAUUUGCGGCAAUGUGUGGAGGAAUCGUACAAGUGUGACGGCAUACCGGACUGUAAUGAUGGCAGCGAUGAGCUUGGCUGCCCAUCCAUGGGCCCAAAUCAAUGCAAUCUGGAGAAGCAUUUCCGCUGCAAGUCCACAGGCUUCUGUAUACCCAUAGCUUGGCAUUGCGAUGGAUCCAACGACUGCUCCGACCACUCCGACGAGGAAGACUGCGGCCAGAUCACCUGCGCCAACAACUUCUUCAAGUGCAACAACACCAACUGCAUCUUCAAGGCGUACAUCUGCGACGGCAAGGACGACUGCGGCGACAACUCGGACGAGAGCAGCGAGCAUGCCUGCGUCCCACCUCCGUUCAAGUGUCCCCAUGGCCAGUGGCAGUGUCCGGAUGUCUCGGAGCGCUGUGUCAACAUCACGUCGGUUUGCGAUGAUACACCCGACUGUCCCAACGGCGCCGACGAAGGCGAGGGCUGCGAUCUCGCCGAGUGCGAACAUCAGGAGGGUCAAUGCUCGAACUUCUGCCAGAAGACGCCCAACGGAGCGCUCUGCGUCUGCCCGCCCGGCUCGGAAAUCGGCGACGAUGGCUACACCUGUGUGGACACCAACGAGUGCUUCCCGCCAGGACUCUGCUCGCAACAGUGCACGAACACCAAGGGCUCGUACUUCUGUUCCUGCACCCAGGGCUAUACACUGGCGUCCAAUAAGCACACCUGCAAGGCUGUCAAUCACACGGCUGCCUUCCUGAUCAUUUCCAACAGGCACUCCAUACUGGUGGCGGAUCUCAAGGAGCAGGGACUGGAGCGUGUGCCCAUUAUAGUGGAGAACGUGGUAGCCACCGCCUCAAACAUGCACACCGGCACCAUCUUCUGGAGUGACAUGAAGCUGAAGAAGAUCUCACGUCUGGAUCAUGGCAUGGAACCGCAAGAGAUCAUCAACACAGGCUUGGAUCUGGUUGAGGGCUUGGCUUACGACUGGAUUGCCCAGAAUCUGUACUGGCUGGACAGCAAGCUAAACACUAUCGAAGUGUCCGCUGAGAAUGGCUCCAAUAGACUCGUGCUGGUGCGUGAGAACAUUACCCAACCACGUGGCAUGUGCAUUGAUCCCAGUCCAGAUGCACGCUUCAUCUUCUGGACCGACUGGGGCGAAAAUCCGCGAGUCGAGCGCAUCGGUAUGGACGGCACUAUGCGCCAGACCAUCAUCAACACCAAGAUCUACUGGCCCAAUGGUCUCACCCUGGACAUUGCCACCAAACGCGUCUACUUCGCCGACUCCAAACUGGACUUUAUCGACUUUUGCUACUACAACGGUACUGGACGCCAACAGGUGCUCGCCAGUAGUCACUAUCUGCUGCAUCCGCACUCGCUGUCCCUGUUCGAGGACACGCUCUAUUGGACCGAUCGUCAGCUCAAUCGCGUGUUGUCCGCCAACAAGUUCCGCGGCAAGAACCAGACCGUCGUCUCCCAUUUGAUCAGUCAGCCACUCUCCAUACAUGUUCACCACGCCUCGCUGCAGCCCAUGUACCCCAAUCCUUGUGCAGGUGCACGCUGCCAACAUCUCUGCCUGCUCAGUCCAAGCGCCUCCGAAGGCUACAGCUGCAAGUGCAAGCCGGGUUUCCGUCUGCUCAGCGAAGGUCGCUGCGUCGAGGAGGAGAACCCCUACCUUAUGGUCGUCAAGGGUACACAGAUUGUCGAUCUGCCGCUCAAUGGUGGCGAUGCGCGCGCUGGCUCCUUGGCUCCAGUGAUUGGCAUUGAAAGCAGCACAGGAUUGGACUUUGAUCGCAAGGGUGAUACGCUCUAUUGGGUGCAGGGUCGCGAGGAGGACGAGGAGAAUUGCACCAUAUACACCACACCUUAUGGCGGCGGUAACAAGACGCUCUUCCUGGGCCUGGACGCCGGUAUUGUGGGCGCACCCUACACCCUUGCCUUCGAUUGGCUGGGCAGGAAUCUCUACAUUGGCAAUCGCGUCGCUAGCAACAUUGAGGCAGUGCGCGUGGACGGCAAGCAGAAGUAUCGAGCUAUUAUAUUGGCCAACGAUGGCAGCGAGACGUCCGUGUCGAAGCCCAAGCAGAUUGUGUUGGACCCCAGCGAUGGCAAACUCUUCUGGAUUGACGAGGGCGUGCUGGAGGUUCCGGUGAAGAUCGGACGCGUCGAUAUGAACGGCGAGAAUGCGCGCGUGCUGCGCAAGGAUCUCAAGCAUCCCGAGAGCAUAACCCUAGACACGGAGAAGAAGCUCAUCUACUUCAGCACACGCAGUCGCGCUUCGAUCUGCUCCAUGGACUACAACGGUGACGAUUUCACAACCAUACUGAAUGAAGGUCAAGCCAUUGCUCGUCCACGCAGUCUGGGCGUGCUCGAUCGUCGUUUGUACUAUUUGGAUCCCUCAUAUGAAAAGAUUGUGCGCAUAGAUCUGCCCAAUGGCGACAACCCCAAGACCAUAGUAGACAACGAGCCCGAUUUGCGCAGCAUGAUCAUCUACAAGAAACGUCUCCUCAUGCAGCAUCCCUGCCAGACGAACAACGGCGGCUGCAAGCAGCUCUGCAUACCCGGACCCUCGUCUGGACGCAGCUGCGCCUGCGGCAUUGGUUACCGCAAGGAGAAUGAGAUCAACUGCGUGGAGUUUAAGACUUUCGCUGUGGUCUCGCAGCUGGACAUGAUACGCGGCUACAGCUUGAGCGACAGCUCCGAAGCCAUGGUGCCCAUCAGCGGUCCGGGCCACAAUAUACUCCAUGUGGAUGUUAUGUAUCGUGAUCAAUGGAUCUACUGGGCGGAGUCGAACCGCGGCUACUGGAAUGGCAUCUUCCGCUCGCGUCCCAACGGCACCGAUCUGCAGCAUGUGAUCAAGGAUGGCAUCGGCAGUACGGGCAUCCGUGGUCUGACUAUCGACUGGGUGGCGGGCAAUAUGUACUUCACCAACGUCUAUCCGCAUGAGAAUUACGUGGAGGUGUCCUGGCUGGACGGCAGCAAUCGCAAGGUGCUGGUGAAGACCACCAACGAUGCGCCACGCGAGCUCGCUGUGAAUCCCAUCAAGCGGCUGCUCUACUGGAUCGACUACGGGCAACAUCCGCGCAUUGGCCAGGCACUGCUCGAUGGCAGCAAGUGGCAGCCACUGGUUACCUCGGGCAUCUCGCUUCCACGAGAUCUCACCAUCGAUAUGCAGUCGCAUGAUGUCUACUGGGUGGACUCCAAGCUGGACACCAUUCAGAAGAUCAGCUACAAUGGUGCCAAUCGCAAGGUCAUACGUCGCGAUCUGCCCAAUCCCAUGGGCAUUGCCAUAUUCGGCAGCGACGUCUACUGGGUGGAUCGCAAUCUGAUGACCGUGUUCAAGGCUUCCAAGAACUUCGGCAACGAGACUCAAAUGACGCGCGUGCGCACCAAUCUGGAGAAGCUGCGCGACAUUGCCAUCUACAGCAUCAACAAUCAACCGCCCGAUGACAUCAACCCGUGCGCUCAACUCGGCGGCUGCGAUCAGCUCUGCUUCAGCUUCCCGCCCAACGCCAGUGCCAAUAGUAAGAGCUACCGCUGCGACUGCGCCACCGGCAAAUUGGGCAGCGACGAGCGAAAAUGCGAGACGGUCAAUGAGUAUUUGGUCUUCGCCACGCGCACCGAAAUACGCGCCGUCAAUUUGGACCCACACUCGACGGAGGUGCCGUUCACACCGCUGACCAAUCUGACCAAUGUCGUCGGCUUGGACUUUGACUUUGCCGACAAUCGCAUGCUGUUCACCCAGAUACGGCCGUGGGCCAAAAUCGCUUACACGUCGGCCAACAAUCCGAGCCACAGCGACAUCAAUGUUGUGCUCAGUAAGGGCAUCAAUCCCGAAGGCAUUGCCUAUGACUGGACGCAGAACAAGAUCUAUUGGACGGACAGCAGCAACAACUCGAUCUAUGCGAUGAAUCUCAUGGGAACGGAUCUGGUCAUGAUAGCGCGCGUUGAACGUCCACGCGCCAUUGUCCUAGAUCCCUGCAAUGGAACGCUCUUCUUUACGGACUGGGGACGCUUCGGCACCUCCGGCAAGAUCUUCCGCACCACGAUGGCGGGCUCGCUGAAGCGCGCCAUUGUCGACAAGGAUCUCUCGCAGCCCAGCGGUCUGGCCAUUGACUACGAUGAGCGCAAACUAUACUGGACGGACGCAGUGCGCGAGCAGAUCGAACGUGCCGAUCUAGACGGACGCAAUCGCGAGCUGCUGGUCUCCGCCACCAUUUAUCCAUUCGCCAUCACCGUAUUCCGCAAUUACAUCUACUGGACGGAUCUGCAGCUGCGCGGCGUUUAUCGCGCGGAGAAGCAUACGGGUGCUAACAUGGUGGAGAUGGUAAAACGCGUCGAGGACUCACCACGCGACAUACGCAUCUUCAGUGCAGAUCGCCAAAAGUGCAAUGUCAAUCCCUGUCGCAUCAACAAUGGCGGCUGCGCCCAAAGCUGUCACCCAGCGCCGAAUGGCAAGGCGGAAUGCAAGUGCGAUGAUAACUCUAAGGUCGUGAACGAGGGACGCAUGUGCGCGCCCAGGAACAACACCUGCGAGUCGAGCAAAUUCUACUGCCAGAACGGCAAGUGCAUCUCUAGAAUGUGGUCCUGCGAUGGAGACGAUGACUGCGGUGAUAAUUCCGAUGAGGAUCCCAAUUACUGCGCCUAUCACUCCUGCUCCCCCAACGAAUUCCGCUGCAACAACGGACGCUGCAUCUUCAAGUCGUGGAAGUGCGAUCAUGAGAACGACUGCAAGGACGGCUCCGAUGAGCUGGACUGUAGCUAUCCGCCCUGCGUGGACGGUGAGUUCACCUGCGCCAAUGGACGCUGUAUUCCCCAGGCGCAGGUCUGCAAUGGCGUCAACGAUUGCAAGGACAAUGCCACGUCAGAUGAGACGCACGAGCGCUGCCCCAUGAACAAUACCUGCCCGCCACAUCAUCUUAAGUGCGAGAAGACCAACAUUUGCGUCGAACCCUAUUGGCUAUGUGAUGGAGAUAACGACUGUGGCGACAACUCCGAUGAGGAUCCGCUGCACUGCGGCCAGCGCACUUGUCCCACCAACAGUUUCCGCUGUCCCAAUCAUCGCUGCAUUCCCGCCACCUGGUACUGCGACGGCGACGACGACUGCGGCGAUGGCGCCGACGAGCCACCAGAUUACUGCAAGUCCGAGGGACGCACCUGCUUCGGUGAUCUCUUUACCUGCGACAAUGGCAACUGCAUACCACGCAUCUACAUCUGCGACGGCGACAACGACUGUCUGGACAACAGCGAUGAGGAUAAUCGACACCAGUGCAAUGAUCGCAAGUGCGAUGAGGAGACGGAGUUCACCUGCGUGGAGAAUAAGUCCUGGCAACGUGCCCAGUGCAUACCCAAGAAAUGGAUCUGUGACGGCGACCCAGACUGCGUCGAUGGUGCCGAUGAGAACACCACGCUCCACAAUUGCGCUACUCAGCAGCCCUGUGGCGAGGACAUGUUUACCUGCGGCAACGGACGUUGCAUCAACAAGGGUUGGAUUUGUGAUCAUGACAACGACUGCGGCGAUGGCACCGACGAAGGCAAAUUCUGCAAUUCCAAGUACAAGACUUGCUUGCCAGCCGAGUUCACCUGCCAGAACUUCAAGUGCAUAAGGAAACAAUACCGAUGCGAUGGCGAAGACGACUGUGGAGAUCAUUCGGACGAGGUGGACUGCAACAAGACGAACGCGACGGUCUGUGCGCAUGGCCAAUUCGCCUGCACCAAUGGUCAAUGUAUUGACAAUAGUUUGGUCUGCAACAAGGUGCCCGACUGCACGGACGAAUCCGACGAACCCACGCACUGCAAUGUGGAUGAGUGCGCCAAGGUGGAGAUCAAUCAGUGCGGCCACAAAUGCGUUGACACGCCCACCGGCUACUACUGCGACUGCAACGAGGGCUACAAACUGCUGGCGGAUGGCAAAGCUUGUGCGGAUGUGGAUGAGUGCCUGGAGAUGCCGGGUGCGUGCUCACAGCACUGCUCGAAUACGCCGGGCAGCUACUACUGCAAAUGCAAUGAGACCUACUACGAGCGGCAGAACGAUGAACACACGUGCAAGCGCAAGGACAAGAUACCGCCCUGGCUGAUCUUCACCAACAAGUACUAUGUGCGCAAUAUGUCAGUCGAUGGGCAUCAGUACAAUCUGAUGCAUCAGGAUCUGAUGAACGUUGUUGCAUUGGACUUUGACAUCAGGGAACAGUAUAUGUAUUUCUGCGACGUAACCGCCAAGACAAUCUUCCGCUCCAAGUACUCCGACUCGAGUAAUCCAAUGCCGGCGGAGCGUGAGGCGGUUAUACGCCACGACUCGCAUGGAUUGGAGGGCAUUGCCAUUGACUGGGUGGGACGCAAGCUGUACUGGUUGGACAGGCACUCCAAGAAUCUGGACGUCUCCGAGCUGGACGGCACCAAGCGCAAGACGCUGCGCAGCGGUGUUGUCGAUCCACGCGCCAUAGUUGUGCAUCCAGGCAUUGGCUAUCUCUACUUCACCUCCUGGCAUCUCCAAGCCUACAUUGCCAAGAUGGGCAUGGAUGGCUCCAACUUUACGCGCAUUUUGACCUGGAAUGACGGCAUUGCUUGGCCCAAUGCAUUGUCCAUUGAUUACUUCACCGAUCGCAUCUACUGGGCGGACGCUCACUUGGACUACAUUGCCUACACGGAUCUUGAGGGUCGUCAUCGCCACAUUGUGCUCUCGGGCAAUAAAGUGCCGCAUGUGUUUGCUCUCAGCUUAUUUGACGACUUCAUCUACUGGAGCGACUGGAACUUGAAGGCCAUUGUGCGCGCCAACAAGUUCCAUGGUGCCAACUACACAGUGCUGCGGAAUACCACACAUCGUCCCUACGAUCUGCACAUCAAUCAUCCACUGCGUCAGCUGCCCUAUCCGAAUCCCUGUGGUGAUCACAACGGCGGCUGCUCGCAUCUCUGUCUGAUUGCGCCACCGCCCGAGUCCACAUACCUGAACAUCGAGGGCUACAUUGAGGAGGGUGCGCCCAUCUACAAGUGCGCCUGUCCCAAUCAGUUCUAUCUGGCACGCGACUCCAAGACCUGCAUUGCCAACUGCACGGCCGGACAACAUCGCUGCGGCGGCUACGACGAGAAGUGCAUACCCUGGUUCUGGAAAUGCGACGGCGAAAAGGACUGCAAGGAUGGCUCAGAUGAGCCCACCAGCUGUGCUCCACGUCAUUGCCGCGCCGGCACCUUCCAGUGCAAGAACACCAACUGCACGCCCUCGGCCACAAUUUGCGAUGGCGUCGACGACUGCGGCGAUGGCAGCGACGAACAGAACUGCGAACUUCCUUGUCCAUUGUCCGACUUCAAAUGCAAGUCCAGUGGCCGUUGCAUACUCGAUAGCUGGCGCUGCGAUGGUGACGCCGACUGCAAAGAUGGCAGCGACGAGGAUCCACAAGUUUGUCACAAACGUACUUGCGACCCGGACACUGAAUUCGCCUGCAAAAAUGGACGUUGCAUACCCCAACUAUGGAUGUGCGACUUUGACAACGACUGCGGCGACGACUCCGAUGAGCCCGCCUACAUGUGCCGCCAGCGCAACUGCACCACCGGCUGGCAACGUUGCCCCGGUCAGUCCAACUAUCGCUGCAUACCCAAGUGGCUCUUCUGCGAUGGCAAAGACGAUUGUCGCGACAACAGCGACGAGUUACCUGACAACUGUCCCAAGUGCUCCUCCGACACGGACUUUAAGUGCGGCAACAAUCGCUGCAUACCAAAACAAUGGAUGUGCGACUUUGCGGACGAUUGUGGCGAUGCGAGCGAUGAAAAUGAUGCCAUAUGUAAGGGACGCUAUCGCGACUGCUCCGAGUCGGAGUUCCGCUGCGGCAAUGGCAAAUGCAUCUCGUCACGCUGGCAGUGCGACCACGAGGACGACUGCGGCGACAAUUCGGACGAGCUGAACUGCGAGGGCUAUCAGUGCAAGAACGGAACGUUCCAGUGCGCCUCCGGACAUUGCAUAGCGAGCUACUUCCGCUGCGAUGGAGAUCGAGACUGCCGUGACAUGUCCGACGAGGUGGGCUGCCCGCCGCGCUUCCCUGGCGGACGCUUCUGCCCCGAGUCGCGUUUCCAGUGCACCAACAAUCUGUGCGUCUCGCUCUCCGAUCUCUGCGACGGCACCGACGACUGCGGCGACGGCAGCGACGAGGACCCCAAAGUCUGCAGCGACUUCAACUGCGACACCUUGCGACGCUUCCAAUGCUCCAAUCAUCGCUGCGUGGCGCGCUACCAAAUCUGCGAUGGCAUCGACAACUGCGGCGACGGCAGCGACGAGAACAACAUGACCCUCUGCGCCAGCAAGCAGAAGCCCUGCGAUCUCUACACGCAGUACCAGUGCGCCAACAAGCACUGCAUCGAGCGCUCCCAGGUGUGCGACUUCUCCGACGACUGCGGCGAUGCCAGCGAUGAGCUCGGCUGCCAUCACACGAGCAGUUGCUCCGAGGCGAAUCGCGGCGGCUGCCAGCAUCAUUGCCACAAUCUCACCGACGGCGGCUACAUCUGCACCUGCUAUCCGGGCUACAUCAUUGCGCCGGACAACAAGAAAAAGUGCGCCGACGUGGACGAGUGCGCGACGCGUCAGCACACGUGCUCCCAUCAGUGCCACAACAUGAACGGCACCUACUCGUGCAGCUGUCGCGAUGGAUUCCAUUUGUCCGAUGGCGCCAGCGGUGUGUGCAAGGCGGAGAAGGAGGAUGUGGUGCUGGUGUUUGCCAAUGGGCCGGAGAUACGUGGCCUGGAUCUGCAGAAGAAGGAGGAGUUCGAUGUGAUUGCGUCGGAGAAGCGCAUCGAAGCGCUCGACUAUGAUGCCCAGCAGCAGAUUGUGUUCUGGGCGGACAGCUACGACAAGACGAUCAAGCGCUCCUACAUGGUCAACGCGCUGGAUGGCCAGGCCAAGAUUGGCUUCGCCCAGGAUCUGAACAUGAAGGGUGGCUCCAAGCCGACGGCUGUGGCUGUUGAUUGGCUCGCCUCGAAUCUCUAUUGGGCGGAAGUGGAUCGCACGGGCUCGAAGCCUCGUGGUCGCGUCAUGGUGGCCAAGACAGAUGGACGCUAUCGUCGCUCCAUUGUCAAUGCCGGACUGGAGGUGCCCACGUCGAUUGCAUUGAAUCCGCAACUGGGUCGCAUCUAUUGGGCCGAUGCGGGCUCGGCGCCCAAGAUCGAAGUCUCCUGGAUGGACGGCUCCAAGCGUCGUCCGCUCAUCACCGAGCAAAUACGCCAUCCGGCUGGCCUGACCAUUGACUACGCACAGGAUCACAUCAUCUACUGGGUGGACACCAAGCUCAACACCAUCGAGUCCAUGCGCGCCGACGGCUCCAGGCGCAAGGCCAUCGUCAAGGGCGAGCAGCUGCGUCAUCCCGUCUCCCUGGAUCUGUUCGAGUCGAACAUGUUCUGGGUGACGCGCGACACGGGCGAGCUGCUGCGCCAGGACAAGUUCGGACGCGGCGUUCAGGUCGUGGUGCAUCGCAAUCUCGUCAAUCCGUCCGGCCUGAAGGUCUACCAUGAGAAGCGCUACAACACCUCACUGCGCAAUCCCUGCUACGAGUCCAGCUGCUCCCAUCUCUGCCUGCUCGUGCCCGGUGGCCAUCGCUGCGCCUGUCCGGACACCUCCGGUCCGCUGCCCUCGCACCGCAGCACCGUCGAGAUCAUCUGCGACGCCGCCGCCGAACGGCCACGCCCCGCGCCCAGGAUCUGCCCCUGCCAGAACGGCGGCCUCUGCAAGGAGGAUGAUCGCGGAGAGCUCUUCUGCGAGUGCCUGCCCGACUUCAAGGGCGAUCACUGUGAGCACAGCAGCAGCGGCGCCUUUGGUCAUGGCGGCGCCAACGUCACCGCCGUCGUGGUGCCCAUCAUGGUCAUACUGCUGCUCAUGAUGGCCGCCGCCGGCGCCUGGUACGUCAUACGCAAGCGUCCCUUCGGCAAGCUGGCACGCAUGCCCGCCAUGACCUCGUCCCAGAGCGUCACCUUCCGCCAUGGCUCCAAUGUGGAGUUCAGCGAGAGCGGCUUCCCUGGCGCCUCAGCGCCCGGCAGCCACGACAUGACGCCCAUCGAGGGCUACAAUCUGCAAACAGUGAACGCGAACAAGGCGCGCGACUUUGCCAAUCCCAUGUACGAUGCCGUCCAGUCUGGCACAACCACCGAUCCGGGCAUGGGCAAUGGCUCAGGCAUCUACGAUGUGCCACAGGAACCGUCCAAGUCCAAGGGCUCGUUUACGGAGCCCGCAUCGGCGAUUAUUGCGCCCAGCAGCAUAACGCACAAGUCUUCGCCGCAGCUGCAGCUGCGCACACGUGAGCUGGACCCCUCGGCGGACACAGGCAAGGAUACACAAUAUCUGGUGGAGGAGGACAAGUCGGAAUGCUGAUAUAAAGCCUAUAAGGCGCCCUACAUCAGCCGCCUAUUCCAGCGGCGACCACAACAGGCGCGAUCCGACAGCUUUCCGAUGCACACCUAGCACAGACAGAAACAACACCACAAGAAAGGACAACAACAUCAGCAACAGGAGCAACAACAGGGAGACAGCAGACAUCACACAUCCUGGCACACUGAUGCCGAUGAAGACACCACCAAUAAAACCACUUCGGUGUAAACAGAUUCAGAGCCGCAGUCCAGCCACGCCCCACAGCCCCUCUACACACACACACACACACAGACACAUCUACUACGCAAACAUAUCCUUCGAGACAAAUGGGGCGCCACUUUAAACUAAAAGAAAAAAUCUAAUACUGUUGCAAUUAUUAUUAUAUAAAAAUUAUACAUACAUAUAUAUAUAUACAAAAGAAGAAAUCUAUAUAUAUAUAUAUAUAUAUAUAUAGUAUAUACAUAUACCAUAUGCGUAAGUUAGGCGGCCUCCCUCCAAUUUCCAACCCAAAGCGUUGACCACAGCAACAAAAUUUGAAUUCAAAUUCUGGCGCGCACGCUUUUCCAACACUAAAACACGCACACACACACACACACACAGUUACAUUGGAAGAAAAACUUUGUAAGGCAAAAGCGUAUUUUUUUUUUCAAAGCUAGAUUGCUAAGAGCAAAAGUAAAUUCUAUAAAAUUGUAAGACAAAAACAAAAAACGUAGACUAUAUUUUUUUGAAAG